UUCGCGUUUCGAAGAAGCACCCGGUGAGUUUACCGAAACGCUCGUGGCAUUGCGCUUGCAUUCGUCCGCGCGAACCUUCGUCGUUUUCGCGCGCGCAGCAUCUUCCUCUUUCGUCCUCUCGCGGUCCUGUUUUUCUCUUACAAUUCGCGCGCUGUCCGCUUCAUUUCCGCUCGUUCAUCUGGACCACGCGGCCCCGCGAUGACGUUCGCCAGUCAUUCAGGGUGGUACACCAACGAUCGUCGCUCGUAGAUCCCUGGAACUCUAGACAGAAACGUCGCACUUCCGCACGUGUCCACGUCGAUCGUUUGACGAAAGGAAACGAAUGACACGAUUCGAGUGAUUAAAAAGUGUCCCCAGUGUUGUUUUACUCCAGAACCAGAGUGUACAUUCUUGACCACGUGUAGAUUUUCGAUCUCCAGAGAUCCUCGAGAUCGUCAGAUUGAUUCCAUCGAGAAGAAACAGCUGUGCAGCGAAUCCUCAGAAUCACCGGGAAAUCUUCGCGAUAGCGAGGAUAUAGCGUCGUUUGCCGAUUUUUCGUCAGUGGUUCGUCCCAUUGCUCGCGUUUUCCCGCGAUAUUUGGUGGCCGUUGUGUCGCGAAUUUUCGAGAAGCGCGAAUCGGUGGCAGCCUUGAAAAUGAAACGUUUGACGAAAGGCGACUUUUAGAUAGGCGCACCGGUUAGAUUUUCUGGGGGAUCGGUUUGCAUUCGUCGGAUCGGCAAAGGGACCUUUGAUCCUCUGGCUGGAAAACGCGUCAGCGUCGAGGAUACAUCGGCGAAGAAUUUGCCUCGUUUACGUUGAAAUUAAUUUCGUGGCCGUGACAAGCCCAGCGAACGAUCAGACUUAAUCUCGCGUCGGGUGGCAUGAACGCCGAGGACUGCUGAUGAAUGGGUGACACGGUGUUUCAGUCGCGUACCAAUAUUUGAUUUCCACGGGCACGGGUUAUCGUUCGUCCAUGGCGUCGAUUGGAUACGCGCGUCUCUUCCGGUAAACGCGAUUGGAUAGCUUAACGUCGAGCGUCGAAAUUCCGUGCAAGAUGUUCGAUUCGUUGGGUCCGACGCGGUCCCUGGAUCGUUGCUGCGAGGAUUCCUGCGAGGGUCCACGAUCCCUCUUCGAAUUAGCGAAUUGAGGGCGAGUCGCUCGGUAUUCUAGCGUGAAAUCGGUUCAUGUCGUCACAGUGGAGGGAACAUAGCAGCUACGUUUAUCCGUUCGAAGUGGUGUUUGUGUUGCCGGGAUACACGUCUACAGAUCGGUGCGGAACUGUCGCGAAUCGACCAGUUACGUUUUCUUCGAGUGUCGUUCGCUUGGCACGGGGACGUUCGCUGAAAGAGGAAAUGAAGGACCAUCCAGACAGCACGUAGGGACUGGCCCUUUUCGUUUUCGGAAAUGUGUCGCUAUCUACGGUACACUGUCCUCGGGCUCACCGUCGUCCUGCUGACGAUUCAUGAGAUAGUCUUCGUACGAGCUGGCGAACAAGAGAGGGAGGUCUGGUAUGAGGCGGCGAUACGCGCGAUCGAAGCUCGUAUUCGCGCGUCGGCGGCGAGUUCGAGCGUCAGUGGAACGACGCCGCCGGGCGGCGUGGCGCGGGGCGUCGUUCUCUUCGUCGGCGACGGGAUGGGGAUGAGCACUCUCACGGCAGCGAGGAUUCUCUCGGGUCAACGUCAUGGAAAUACAGGCGAGGAAGCGCAACUCGCCUGGGACAGCUUUCCAGCCGUGGCACUAGCAAGGACUUACAACAUGGACGCCCAAGUUGGAGAGUCUUCGGCAUGUGCCACGGCGCUACUCUGCGGAGUUAAAGCCAAUUACGAGACUGUUGGCCUGGACUCCUCUGCACGCUUCGAGAACUGUUAUUCCAGUUUUGAUGCCCGUGUACCGUCUCUUAUCAAUUGGGCGCAGGACCAGGGUAAAUCGACUGGACUGGUGACGACCACCAGGGUAACGCACGCGACGCCAGCAGCCCUUUACGCUCAUGCAUCCAGUCGUUACUGGGAGGACGACGGCAAGGUGCCACCUGCUGCACGGACCUCUUGCAAGGACAUCGCGCGUCAGCUGCUCGAGGAUGAGCCUGGUCGCAGCAUCAACGUGGUCCUCGGCGGGGGGAGGCGUCAUUUCGUACCGAAAGUGAUCCAGGAUCCAGAGGAGCCGGAUAAGGAGGGCAGACGAUUGGAUGGGAGGAAUCUGAUCGAGGAAUGGUCCAGAAACCACCGGUUGCGGAGUAUGUCCGCGAGAUACGUCGCUAACAAGGAGCAGCUAGAGAACGUCGAUCCACGAAAAGUGAACCAUCUGCUGGGACUGUUUUCCUAUUCCCAUAUGGACUUCGACGUCGACCGGAACACGAAUGGAAGCGGUGACCCUUCGCUGGCCGAGAUGGCGAUAAAGGCGCUUCGCGUGCUGGCGAAGAAUCCUGAAGGAUAUUUCCUCUUCGUGGAAGGUGGUAGAAUCGACCACGCGCAUCACUAUAACAACGCUUAUCGAGCGUUGGACGAAACAUUAGCGUUGGAGGAAGCGGUGAGGGCUGUGAUGAAGGAAGUGGACCUGUCGGAAACGCUACUCGUCGUGACAGCGGAUCACUCGCACGUGCUCACGCUUGGUGGUCUCGCCACCCACCGUGGAAAUCCCAUAUUUGGUUCUGAUAGCAAGGUGUCGGAUGUUGAUGGACAACCGUAUACAACGUUGUUGUACAGCAAUGGUCCCGGAUACACGCAGCCACGGAAUAUUCUACGCGAGACUGGCAAGGAUUCCAUUCAGACGGCGGGGGUGCCACGUGCCUGGGCAACCCACGGGGGAGAGGACGUACCGGUGUUCGCCAUAGGUCCGCUGGCGAGUGUCUUGUUCUCCGGCAGCAUCGACCAGAGCUAUAUACCCCACGCCAUCUCGUACGCCUCCUGCCUGGGUCACCACGCGAGCCGUUGCUCCCGAGAUUCCACGUCCAGCAACGACACAAUGAGCGUCCCGAUAAGCUGUCCCUCGGCGGAGCCAAACAGCGCUGCGAUAUCCAGCGACGUGAUGAAUGACCAGGCCAGAAAUCCACCCACGAAAUCCGGCGCGUCUCUCGAAGCGAGCGGCUGCCGCGCGCUGACCAGUGUUCUGCUGCCCCUUAUCCUCGCCAUCCUGCUGUGUCCGCUCGAGGGAAGGAGUUAAUGCCCGCUCGAGUCUCUUCCGGUGAAUAGCUCUCUGUAACGUUCGACGCGGACCCGAAGAAGCUCACCGAUAAUCUUCCCAGACGGAACAACAGGUGAUUCUAAUGAUCGCGUGGGAUGGAUCCGAGGGGGACUAAGAAACCUCGAUGAUUCGGGUUAGGUAGAUGCUGGUUUCGGUGCGCGAACUUUCACGUGAUCCAACGAUCUCCGCGCGGGUGGAAAACUGGAGGGUCUAUUAAUUCCCGAUGGCAGAGGCACCGGAGUGAAAGAUUGGUAAUCACGGAGUGAUAGUAACGCGGAAGUAAUUGGGAUCUAAAGAAGGAGGAGUGGAAGGAGGGUGGAGGAUUAAAGACUAUAUUCACCGUGAAUAUCCCUACGCGGGGGUUAGGAAUAAUUUAUCAACGAUUCGAAACGUUGAGUCUCGAACCAGAAGACCGCCUACCUCGCGCAGAAGCUGUUUCGGAAAAUCCAGGGUAUCGUUGAGCGCGACUGACACCCGCCAGGGUCCCGCUGUCGCUUAUCCUCCUCCGCUGCCAUAUCACUUCCGGAGAGAGGAGUUAAUCCCAGGUCGCUGCUUCUUUCAGGGACGAAGCAACGUACGCACCUCGAUGGGGUCGCGGUUAAUCAGCUUCGGAGGUCAACGGAUUAUCCGAGAGACGCUCCAAAUCACGAAACGAUCAAUUCUGCGGCAGCCUACUCGAGGCUGUCGAGCCUUUCGCGGGAACUCGGUAUUACGCGAGUUCGGUGGUUCGUGGGAGUGCUCGGGUGUACGCGAAAGAAUUAUAGCCAGCACUGUUUAUGUUUCACGACUCGAAAAAGUGGCAAAUUCUGACACCUCCUCCGAUCUCCAUUUUUCGUAUAUAGUCGAGCACUACUUCAUGCGAAGUCGACGAAGCGACAUUCACUCGACACAGACCCUUUGCUCCUCGCUAUCGAGUUCUACUCGCUUCGAAGAAGAGUUAAUGGCAAUUCUUGCCUAAUUUCGCGAAGAAUUUAGAACUGUACGACGAGGGUAGGGAGAUUCGGGGCAGUCGGGGGACAAUUUACGACGAUAAUGACUAUCCCAAGGCUGCUCGAUGAACUUUGGCGACUUCCAAAGCCCUCCAAGGAUCUAAAUGAGGUUUACAAGUGCUACGCGACGAGAAUACUUCACGGCUGAACCCUCGGCGGAGUUCCGAUGAACUCGGCGGUUCAAUUAAAGGAGCGUUUAGCGCGACGAAACAGAUAUCUGACGACGUCGAAACAAAGUGUCGCGGAACUUGCUCGCGAAACGAAAUCCAGUGGAAGUGAUUGUUGUUUAGUGGAGGAGGGGGGAAGGGGGUGCCAUUUCACGUUCUUCGCUUCAGUUUCCAAAGGGCUAUUUAAAUCACGUGUUCCGUGACGAUUCAGUCAAUUGAAACUCUGAAGACUAUUAGAUGUACGCGUAUGAACGAAUCGAACGUCGAGGGGAGUAUUAAUUAGAAAAGAAUUUUAUAUUGGAAACACGAUUAUGCCUACGAAUCUCUUGUAAAAAAAAUCGUGGAUCAUAACCAUGCCUCCAAUAUAAAAAUAAAGAUCUGGCGUUUCGUCCAGCCAAUCCUGGGUAAACUCGUCGAUAAUACCGAUCUCAGAGAAUUUAAGAAUCGUUGGUCGCGGUGUGUCGGUCCACUUUAACGCGAUCGAUCGGGUUGCCCUGGCUUUCGAGCAAAUUUUCGAAGCAAAGUAAACGCUCAAGGAACCGCUUUGGAUGAAAGCACGGUAAAAAAGCUCGUGAAUGUUAGAUACUUUCGAAAAUCUAGCCCCUUAAAGACUCUUAGGCCACGGUUUUUCUUCGGCGAGGCAAAAACCGUCGAUUAAAGUUAAGUUUAGGAAAAAAUUUGCAAAAUUUUUACGCGGAUCGAUCGCCACAGCCGACGCAGGACUCGCUUGCAUGUAAGUAGCCGUAUCGAUCGUCAUUUUCAACGAGAAAAGCUCGCCCUUUGUCCACGGAACGCAUGUUUGAAGUUGUCGGAAUAGAAACGUCACGCUCUAAAUAGAAUCGAAUGCAAACAAUAACGAAACGAUCGUGAUCGUUCCAUUAACAUUUAAAUGGGAUGUUCGAAACUUUCAAACGAACUUUAAACACUGAAUUAUAAGUGAAAAUUCCACUUGAUUCAAAUUUAUGGUAAUUCGCCUUGGGAGAUCGAUUUCAAUACCGAUCUCUUUCCUUGGAACUGCCAAAAAAAAAAAAAAAAAAAAGAUUACGGUGAACUAUGUGGCCAGUAUCCUCGAUAUACCCGAUUCAUUUUCAAAUAGCAACAUGGGAAUCGCAGUAUAAACUUGGAACGAACAUGUCUCGGGCGUAUUAUAUACGAAAUUAGGAGAACGAGACUAUUCGAAGUUACAAUUGCGGAUAGAUGAGUCCCUUUGCUAUCGCAGUUGUUGUUAUCGACAUUAUCGAACGCUGUGCUCGUCGUUAAUGUUGCAUGGAAAUUAUAAUUACUUCGAGAAGCAGUUUGAUCAUUAUUAACACCGUUAUUGCGAAUGCGGAAUUUGAUCGAACAUUAUUAUUACUUCUAUUCGAACUGUUAAUUGCCGAAACCGAACUCCCAAACUAUACAUCGAAUUCAAUGGUUGUGUUUUGACUUUUAAAAACAAUAAUUUGAAAUAGUUGCAAAAAAAGAUGUCUUCUAUGCCAGGGAACGAUAUUUCAGUCUUUCGGUUUCGGUAAUGUUCUUUGGAAAUCGAAUUAAAAAAUUUUAUUUAUCACCGUCACCUCGUUAAACCAACGAACAGCGAUGUUUCAACAAUGGACAGUCGUUCGAGCUCGAACAAGCUUACCUGCGAAGUUUUAAAAAUGAUCCAGCAAAGAUGAGAGGAAAGGUUGGACGGAAAAACGACCCCCUGGUAACUUAACAGUCGAGUUUGAAGAACGACCCACUUCAGUUUCCUCCUAAACUUAAAAGGAAGAAACGCUCGGACUCCUCUCUAUCCGUUCAUAUUGAUUUCUUUGGCACUACCUUAAGAGCCGUCUCUGCAUGCCACGCUUCUUGCGAUGAAAACCGAUGUAGCCAUCCCUUAAUCCCUUGUUUGCCGAUACUUUACUAUUAUUGACAGGUGACGUUUUAUUGUCAUCGACAGUUUGAUAAAUGUACUAACUCUAAAUUUUAAGUUUUCGAGUUGCAAGUUUUUCUUUCUCGAAAAUUCCAGACUAGAUAAACACACUAACCAUAUUUCAAUCUCUAUCUCCAAUUCGAAUGAGCUCGGGAUUCGACUGGUUCGGAAUCCACUAGUGGAUACUCAUCUGUAUCCGAGCUGUGGCGAGGGAAUUAGAAGAGAGGACCUAUCCGUGGAGCUUCCUUUGCCACUCGACCCCGUAUCGUUCGUUAUCCGGGAGGGAGACGGCUUUCUCGGGUUAGAGAAAUGUCUUACGUUGCAUCAACGUAUUACAUUCCUCUCGCUCGGUCAAGGGUCGUCGACGAGGAUAAACCGUUCGAGCCAAGGAGGAUUCCUACGGUGAUUGUCUAUUUACAAUGACACGGGUACACUUUCCGACUAAAGCUUGUGAAAACUCCGAGGACGUGGCUGUGUAUCCUUUACUAACGCGAAACGUGUGUACUCUUCGUUUGGAUGCUUCUAUUGAUAGUCGGGGGACGUUUCUCGGGAGCCAAUAGUUUACCCUCUGCUUGCUUUCCGAUUUCCGGUUUUGUAAACACGAGUUACGUUGCGGAAGCAAGUAAUUUAAUUUGAAAAUUAUCGAGUUAUACGUUUCUUUCCGUAGGGAAAUUUUCCGUCGUAGAAAAUCAAAAUAUUACGUCAAUACGGAAAGAUUCUCGGAACGCAAACGACUUAUUUUCCUAUUUCGACGGUUACUUUAUUAAUCGUUUCAGUAGAAACAGUGAAAACGAUAUUUCAACUUUCUUGUCGAACACUUUAUCAUUUUAUGCACCGCGUUGGCGCAAGAAGUAGUAAAACAUUACCGUCAGAAGUACUCCCGUUUCCCUGUGUUAGUUUCCAAGAUAUCAUCCGAGAGGUGAAACUUUGGAAGACAGUUUCACUCCAUAAACCCGCGCGUCUGCAGUCAAACGAACUUCGCGUUCUUAAAUUUUGCGAGCUUCUCAAAUACGCAGUUGUGUCAAAAUUAACGUAAAGCACUUCAUCUUUCAAAAAAUCAUCUAAAUGUUUUCAAUAUGUAACCUUACGUUUUCAGCAACUUUCAUCGCCGGUAUUACCUUUCUUAAUUUUUAAUGCACGUACUUUACAGUAUACUUGUUAUCUAAUCAAGUCAAAUACGGAACCUAAUAUUCGAACGUUUAAAAUAUGAAUAGCAAAUUCGCGCUACACGAUGUACUUCAUUACGUUGAAGUUCCACGCCCUUUCUGCCUUUCGAAACCAAUCAUCCAGCACGUUUGAGUCGACGAGAAAUAUUCGAACGAGGAGAUCGUUCGAUAAAUUCACGCAGAUCCCGUACAAUUUGUCGCUGGAUCUCCGUGCACACAAGCGAUAAAAGUGCUCGCAUCCGUGGGAAACCGUUCGAACCGGUUAUGGUCUUUGGAAAAAAACAACGAAUAUCCUUGCGUUUCACAGCGCGCGUGUAGCCGAUGCAGGUGUCUCGCAAGGAUCGCCUUGUUUCCUUGUUACGAGCCGUUUUAUAGCGAGGCAUGUUCUUACGCGGUGGUCA